UUUUUUUUUUUUUAUUAUUAUUUCGAAAUGACUUUUGAGAUUGAUCGCUCUGAACAUUUAUUAUCUCAACCUGGUUAUAUAAAACAAGAUAUUGGUUAUUCUACUGUGGAUUUUACUUCAAACCAACACACUCAACAACAAUAUUCACCAACUUAUAGCGCUUCAAGUAGUACCAAUGGCAGUUAUAACAUAAACAAGCAAAAUUAUGAAUCUGAAGAAGUAUUUGUCCUACCUUCAUCCUCUUCUUCACCUUAUCAACAUCCUUCUUCUACUGUUGGACCAACUUCUUUAACAGCACCACUUACACCUUUGUACCAUCUUGGUUCUCCUUAUCCUGAUUUGGAUAACAAUAAUAACACACCAUCAUCAUCCUAUGGAAAAGAAGAACAACAACAUCAUCAACAAAGGGAAAUCACAUCUCCACUACCAAGCAAUACUUCCACAAUGUACGACACACAUUUUACACAAAAAGGCGGAGUAGGAGUCAAGAUGCCGACCUUACCGACAUUGCCAACGCCUCCUAUUGAUAUGAUCCAUCAUCACCAUCCAUCUAUGGUCUGGAAACAAGACUUUUACUCAGGCUCAGCAAAUUCAACUUGGUCGCCACAUCAGGACGAUAUAUAUUAUCCUGCUACACCAACUCCAAGAUCAACAUCAGGUAGCCCAUCUCCACCUACUCCACAUCAUCAACGUCAUAACAAUAUCAACUCUACCAAUAUGCCACCAUGCAACUGUGUUCCCAUGAUGCAGUAUCAUCCAAUCUAUGAUCAUCCCAAUAAUAUAUUACCUUAUCACGGUGAUACUGCUUCCUUGGUAUUGACAUCACCUCAACCUGUGUUACAACCUCAUUCAUCAUCAUCAUCGUCAUCAUCAUCAUCGUCAUCAUCUUCAUCAUCAUCAUCUACUGGAAAUAACAACAACAUGAUACAUACUUCUCAACGAUCAAAGGUUCAUCAAUAUCUAUAUCAACGAAAUUCUUUGGAUAUAUCUUACGAUCCAACUUUGGCAUUAUCAUCAUCCUCUUCAUCUUCAUCAUCAGAUGAUCAUUCACUUCAUCGUCGUCAAACAAAUAACAAUAAGACUGGAUCCAAUAUGACAACAACAUCUACACCUAGAAGAUACAAGUGUACUGUUUGUGUAAAAAGAUUUACCCGUCCCAGUUCAUUGGCAACUCAUAUGCAUAGUCAUACUGGAGAGAAACCUUAUAAAUGUAUUGUAGAUGGAUGUGGUCGUCGAUUCUCUGUAGUAAGUAAUCUCCGAAGACAUGCAAAGAUUCAUCUCCACGCAAAUUCAAUGGUUGGCUCUGGAAGGAAAUUAGAUAUGACUUCAUGAUUUAGUAUUAUUAGCGUGUGUUUUUUUUUUUUGUCUUGAUUAGUAUUGAUUAGUAUUACCUGUUUAUUAUGUUGUUAUUUGUAAUUACUCGAUUCCCCCUAUUAUUAUCCUAUUAGUUUAUUAUUACCCCUCUUUUUUUUUUUUU